GCGUCCUUACUUCAUAUCAGCCCCCACGGUAUCUCUCUCACUCCCUUACUCACUCUCUCACUCACAGUACACAUACGCGUCUCUCAAGCUGGUAUUUGCAAAGGAUACAGAAAAGAGUUAUGUGUUUGAAGUGCGAUUGAUAUGUAAGGGAAAUAUUAAUACGGGAGAGUUAAUUGUGGGUUGUUAAUAUAGAAAAAAAAAAAAAAAAGUGGUUUGAAGUGAUUUAAUUAGUGACUGACUGACUGACUGUUUUAAAAAGGCGAACGAGGGUGUAGUGAAAAUGAUACGUGAUAGACUCGCGGAACUGAGAAAGGCUCAGGAUGAUCUGGAUGACGGUGUCGAGGUGGAGGUCACGAUGGAGGUCACAGCGGAAGAGGCCUCCAUGAACCGCUUCUUCUCUCAGAUCGAGGAGGUGCUGGAGGGCAUAAGGAAGAUUGAGGCCUCCGUGAAUCAGGUGCGGAAGAAACACACCGAAAUUUUCUCCUCUACCGAUACUGACGAAGACGUCAAGAGGGAGCUGGAUGACCUCACAGCUGACAUCAAGAGAGCGGGAGCUAAGGUCAACGCGAAACUGAAAGAGAUCGCCCCAAAGGAGGUAGAUAAAGAGGAAAGAGACAGCGCGGACUUAAGGAUCAGGCGCACACAACACGGGGCGGCCACCAGACAGUUCGUGGAGGCGAUGACGCAAUAUCACCACGUGCAGGAGGAGUACAGGGACAGGUGCAAGGAAAAGAUACAUCGGCAGAUGCGGAUUACCGGCAAGGACCCCACGGAGGAGGAGCUGGACGAGAUGCUGGAGAAGGGCAACAUAGACAUCUUCACACAAGGAAUCAUGAUGGAAACAGCACAGGAGCGGAAGCGGUUGGCAGACAUUGAGGAACGCCACCAGGAGAUAAUGAAGCUAGAGAGUUCCUUGCGAGAACUGCAUGACUUGUUUGUGGACAUGGCGGUGUUGGUGCAAAGUCAGGGGGAGACCAUUGACAACAUAGCAGCACACGUAGCCAGUGCGAAGGAUUACGUUGAGGAUGCGAAAGUGGAGACUGGGAAGGCGCUCAACUACCAGAAGAGUGCGAGAAAGAAAAUGAUAAUCUGCGGUAUCAUCGGUGUGGUGAUCGUGGUGAUUCUGGCCGUGGUGAUUGCGGCGAGUGUCUAGCCCCGUCAGGUCAAAGGUCAAGGUCACCACAUCAACUGGGUCACCAAGAUUAGCAAGUCAUCGGGGUCAGGAGGACAACGAGGUCGAGUUACCAGGUUUAAGUCUUUCACCAAGUCAUAAAGGUCACAACCCACAAAGGUCACCAGUCAAGAUCACCAAGUCAAAAAGGUCACAAGUCAACAAGGUCACAAGCCACAAAGGUCACUAGUCAAGGUCACCAAGUCAAAAGGUCACUCAUCAAGAUCACCACAUUCUGAAGGUCACAAAGUUAAGACUGCUAGUUCAAGGUCACCAGGUCAAGGUUACCAGGUCAAGGUCACCAGGUCAAGGUCACCAACUCAAAUUAAAUGAAUCACCGGGUUAACAAGAUCACCGGGACAAGAAAGCCAAUGAGUCACUAGGGCAGGAAGGUCACCAGAUCAUUGAGGUCACCAGGAAGGAUAAAUGCAUGAGUCAACGAGUUCAGGUCACUAGGAUCCCAAAUUUACUAGGUCAAGAUCACCAGGCCACUAGGUCAAACUCAAAAGCUCAAAAGGUCAGGUUACAAGGUCGUCAGUAGGUCAGGUCACCAAAAUAAUGGCUACCCUCAAGUGACCUGAUAAUUAUAAGGUUAAGUCUUUCAUGAAAUCACAAAAUCAAACAAAAAAGUCUAUUAUAUUUGUGUUUGUAGUGUAUAUAUGAUUAUUUAUUUCCACAAUGAGAUUUUUUCGUCCCCAUUCAGUUAAGUUAAAACAAUGGUGCUCACUUUUUCAUUAGAUUUUAUUUUGUUAUGUAUUAUUCUUAAGUCUUCGUUGUUAUUUUCCCGUUUCUUCCCCUUCAGUAGGAAAAAUUGGUUCUUAUUUCGUUUCCUUUCGGUUUUCUUUGCUUUUAUUUAUUUAUUUGUUUUAUUUCUUUCUCCUAAAAUGUAAAAAAAAAAAAUAACAAUAAUAAUAGUAAUGUUAGAUAAAUAAAUAAAAUACUGAAGGACUAUCUGGUUCAUGGAUCUGAUGUUAUUACUAUUACUUCUACUACUACGUGUGGUUAAAACUGCAUUUGUAAAUAGUAAAAAAUAAAUUUGUUCUUGUUGAA